AUGGCCGCUAAACCUCGCGUACUGGUGCUUGGCGGCGCCGGCAUGAUUGGUCGCAACUUCGUCAAGUACUUGAUAGAUCUCGACUUAGUCUCGUCCAUCCGUGUGGCUGACAAAACGAUGCCCGAGAUCUCCUACUUCAGUGCUGUACACAAAGAGGCGUUCGCUGAUGAGCGCGUCAAGUUCGUGCAAGCGGAUUUAACGCGUGACGCCCAUGUCGAUCGCGCUUUUAACCAAGAGUUUGGUCCAUACGAUUUUGUGUUUAACCUGGCUGGUGAGACCAAGUGUGGACUCUCUGAGACUGUCUAUGCCUCCAAGUGCCGCGAUCUGUCGGUGAAAUGCGCCAAGAAAGCGCAAGAAGUGGGCGUCAAACGCUUCAUUGAAGUGUCUACCGCUUUCGUAUAUAAAUCGCAGGUUAAGCUGCCGGCAACGGAGGAUGCGGAGCUGCAGCCGUGGACGUUGCAAGCUAAGUACAAGCUAGAAGGGGAGGAGGAGAUCCGCCAGAUAAGUGGAUUGAAGGUUGUAUUCGUCCGCCUAGCGACGGUUUACGGGUCGGCAGACUCGGCGGGACUCAUGCCUCGAAUUGUUUGUGCCGCCUCAUAUGUGAAGCUGGAAGAGAAAAUGAAGUUGUUGUGGGAUGCGGAAAUGCGCGUCAACACGGUUCACGUCUUUGACGUGUGCCAAGCCCUUUGGCACCUGACUAGUGCGGGAUCUGACGGUGAAAUUUACAACUUAGUGGACAAAAAUGAUACCAACCAAGGUAAGAUCAACGCGGCGAUGGAGGAGAUUUUCCAGAUAAAAACCGGCUUUAUCGGCAAGCUCGUUUCAAACCUGGCGCGCGUGCGCCUUGCUGAGGUCGUAGACGAUGCUAAUGAGAAGCAUAUGCAACCUUGGGCUGAUCUCUGCGCGGAGUACGGUAUUACGAAUACGCCACUCACACCGUACAUCGACAAGGAACUGCUGCAACACAAUCACCUUUAUGCCGAUGGCUCCAAAAUUGAGUCUACAGGUUUCCAAUACAAGUACCCAGCGUUUGAUCCGAAUGAAUUGCGUAGCGUACUGGAAGAGAUGGGCGAUGGGCUAUACAUUCUCAAGUAUAAACAACAACACGACACACCUUUAGCUCAAAACUGGGUCCGACUAAGUUAUCGCUAUAAGUGCUCACAAUUCGCAUUCCAGUCGGUAGUUGACUGCUUGCGCCUUCACAUCCUCAACGUAAGUUCUCACACGCAGAUACGAGGCCUCAUGGAGGCAAGCGACGAAUUUGACAGCUUUCAGGACUCGGUACGAUACGAAGAUCCAAGUAGUAUUACAUCCUCGACCAGCACAAGCCCCACCGAUGGAGAUCCCCGUGCUAGCACGUCUAGCGAUGUGGAGCCACUGCCGACUCAACAGAUGCGUAAAUUGAAGAAAAAGGAGCGACUACGCACGCAGUCUGAAAGUGCAGUGUGGACGAGAGCAUCUUUAAGAAUGAAAUUAUCACCACUUGUCGUAGAUGUGGCGGCUACACCCGCUUUUGAUGGAUCUCAUAGCCUUGCGACGCCUGGGGGUGAAGCUUUGUAUGACCACGUGCGCGGCAGCGAGAGCGCCUUGUCCCAUUUUGAUAUACUCAACGGUAUGGACAUGUUCGCAAAUUCAAGCGGUAGUGAUGUUACCCAUCGUCGCCGUAGCCACGACAGUUGCCUGGCUGCCGGAGUGGUAUUGGGUAGUCGAGAAAGAGUGAUUAAUAUGUGGAGACAACAAGGUGAGAUCUCUGAGCGCGCAUCUGAGAUGUUGGAAGAUGCCAAGCUUUCAUUACACGGCAAAGAACAGAACUUGUACGAUUCGUCGCUGAGGCGGCUAUCGGAGGCACAGGAUUCACGAUUGAAUACACUUAAAGAGAGACUCGCGACUUCAACGGCUACAGAAUGUGCAGAUUUGGUGACCGAUCCGUCGCUGAGUACAAGUGGCUAUUGUGGCAUCGAGCAGGACGGGGAUAUCACCGGGUGUAGUUCUCACAGAGAGGAGACGAAUAAUAUCUCGAUAGCGUCGGAUACGAAUACGUCGCUCUCGGACACAGUAGCAGCUUUGAAAAAUUGUGACCGACCAGUUUUUGAUGUACAGAAGGAACUUUCGCAAAUUGACGCCAGCUCUCCGUCAGGUGUAGAUGAACGUAACCCGAGUUUUCGACCACAAUCAGGGACAUUGUACCAUGAAGCGGUCAAGUGGGAAGGCGUGCUCACUAGACGAAGCGAAUGGUUGCGAAGACUGGAAAGGCAUUAUUAUGUGCUAGAAGGCAAGUUUCUAAGACGAUUUGCAUCCAAAGAGGCAUAUUUAGCAUCACGAGACGAGCCAUUGGUGCCUCAUCAUAUUCAACCGCCAAGUGACCCCAAGAAGCCUGUACCUGGUAGUCCUGCAGCCAGUAUGGUGCGAAGAAAUUCAAGUAGCCCCGCUUCCAGCAGUGCCAGUCAUUUGUACGUGCUAGCAGGGGUCAAAGACUCGUCAAGCCGAGCGAAUGGCUUUACGUUUAUAACCGAGGAUAAAAAGACGCUUCAAGUUACUGCUCCGACAUCUGUGGAAAAAAUUAUCUGGAUGCGACUUGGUUUGGAGGCCAUUGUGGCGCUUCCAACGCUUCCAGUUGCACCUCUUGAUAUGGAAGAGUUUUAUGCAAUGUUGGUCGUAUUGUACACGGCACAUAGCGGUAACUGGCGCACAGAGGGUGACAUGGCCGUAACACUCCCUCCGCCAUCAGAGCAGGUGUUUACGCGCUUUUUUCGUUUGCUUGACAAGAAUGUCAUCUUUUGUUCUAACUAUCCCCCGUCAGUUCCGUUUCAUGGCUCGUUUCGUGGUCAUUCUGGCGUCGUGAUGUUCAUGCAUGACUUUGCAAGACACACACUAUGGACUAAUUUUAAAAUUGGCGGUAUGUCUGUUGACGGCUCCAUUGCGGUUGCUUCUGGCAAAGAAGAGCUGGAAAAUCGUCGUGAUGCACGCAAAUUUAUUCAGAACUGGGUUCAUAAGUUCACAUUUUACUCGGAUGGGAGACUCGCACGCUUCGAGAUCAACGGCGACGUCGUUGCAGCAAGUGCAGUUUUUAAAGUUCCAGGCGCCGCAACGACAUUGAAGCUGCCACAAGAAUUUAAUGAAGUAGAUGCAGAACACGGAUUUGAAGGGGUAUUACUAGUGCGAGUAAUGCAGGGCCAUGGACUGAAGGCUGGCACUAUGGUUAAGAAAAGUGUGAAGGAACCGAGUAUUAUGGUGCAACUUCAAUACCGCGAACAGCCAAAGGCAAAGUCUGGUGUGAAUGGAUCAACAACGGUAUUCUCUUCGGCUACCGUGACAGGACCGGUGACACUUAUCGGCGGCAUUUCAAUGCCAAAUUUCUCGCGAAAAUUCAACUUUAUGACGUCCGUUGCAAGCUCUGCGGCGUCUGCGGCCUCUUCUGCUGUUGGUGUUGGUACUUCAUUGUCUAACAUCUCAACUCCAGUAGUUGACCCAUUCAGUACUGGAACUCCGCGCAAUGUAGGGGACGAGUCGUACUUACCGACCAACCCUGUAUGGAAUUGCAUAUUGGAACUUCCCUUCUGCCGUGUCAUUGGUACUUGCUCAUUGGUUAUAGACGUAAGGGAUCACGCCAAAAAUGGAGCUGAGACUCAGCUUGGCUUCGCUACACUAAAUGUUGCCAAGUAUCUAAUGGCCGCAGAUGGAAAAGAGCGCAGCAAGUUACGGGAAGAGGCAGCAAUGGCAGCCGACAGCAAGUGGUAUUCCAUUAGUAAUGCCAAGGGGGAAUACUGUGGCAAAGUGCAGCUAGGAAUCACAUGCCGGCGUGCGAAGAUUGCAGAUGAUGAUGAUAGCAUUCAGCCACGACUUCGAAAGAGUCAAAGUGUCGUGAUCGAUCGGAAAAAUCCGCCAUCUUCUCUCAUGUUGCAGUGGGAUACUACGCAUCCCCAUUUACUGUUAGAAGCUGGAACACCAUCGCUGCGAAAGGGGAUGACUCUUGACGAAUACCAGAUGGGUGGAAGCGAGCAUUCACGUCGACAUGGUUGGGCAAAUGUGAAACUUUCACCCGAAGACACUGCGCGCACACAAUCGGCAGGUGCGAUUGUCAGUUGCAAAGACGAUGAUAAGGAUUCGAUACAUAAGCGUUUUAAUGACAGCAGCUGUGCAGCGUUACCUGCAGCUACAGAUGCUGUUAUCUGCAAGGAAAAUGCCAACAUGCACACUUUCAUGGUUUGCGGCGCUCCUUUCACUAUCCCACGUUAUUAUCAGCUCAUCAAAGUUUGUGGUCGUGGUGCUUACGGUAUUGUGAUUGCGGCCACGAAUCUGCGUACGGGUGGCAACGUUGCUAUUAAGAAGGUGAUUGACUGCAUCUGGCAUCCGCAUCAGCUCAAGCAAAUUCUUCGAGAAUGUCGAUUAAUUCGACACAUGGCUCACGAAAAUGUACUUAGUUUGCUAGAUUUGAUUCCGCCACCCUCUUACACGGACUUUCGGGACGUGUACAUGACGGUGGAUCUCAUGGAGAUGGAUUUGCACCGCAUUAUUUACUCAAAAGAAGUCUUACGUGACGACCAUAUCCGAUAUUUUCUGUACCAAAUGCUGAGCGGUCUGCACCACAUGCAUCGCGCUGGUGUUUUGCAUCGCGAUUUGAAGCCAAGCAAUUUGCUAAUUAAUUCAGAUUGCCAGCUUAAGAUCUGUGACCUUGGCCUUGCACGAUCCAAGGAAGCUGACGACGUGGGCAUGACGGAAUAUGUGGUGACACGAUGGUACCGUGCACCAGAGCUGUUGUUGGGUAGUGCGUACGGUGAGGGUGUGGAUCUCUGGGCUGCAGGAUGCAUUUUUGCUGAAAUGUUGGGACGUAAACCCCUUUUUCCUGGCGAGACAUACGUCCAUCAGCUCCAACUCAUCAUGAAUGUGUUGGGUGUGCCAGAAGAGCAUUCAUUUAAGGAGAACCCGCUGGCUAAUAAGUUAAAAGGCCGGCAGCUUUUAAGUCGUACUCAAGCGGUGGCUGGAAUCGAUACAAGUACCAUGUUUCCAAACGCCAAUCCAGAGGGGCUGGACCUACUGUGGAAAAUGCUCGUUUUUGAUGUUGAGAAACGAAUUUCUGUAGAGGAGGCACUGCAACAUCCGUAUUUGGCAAUAUAUUAUGAUGAGGAGCGGGAAAGUGUGCCAGUGGAGAAGUUUCAAAGCUUCGAUUUGGACGAUCUCGGCGAGACGGACUUGAAAGAAUUGAUGUUUAAAGAGAUCUGUCACUUUCAUCCAGAGGAGAUGGUCAAGCGUGCACAGCAGCAAAAGGAACACCCCGAGGUAAAUGAAAAACUUCCUCAUGGAUGGGUUAAGCGGGAGUCGCGGAGUGUGCCGGGCAAGUAUUAUUACAGCAAUCCCAAGCGUGGCAUCAGCACUUGGAUCAAGGAAGAAAUGGUCUAA